AUGGCACCCCCUUCCUGCCACCCCCGCCACGACACCCCCUUCCUGCCACCCCCGCCACGGCACGCAAUUCCUGCCACCCCCGCCACGACACCCCCUUCCUGCCACCCCCGCCACGACACCCCAUUCCUGCCAUCCCAGCCACGGCACAUCCUUCCUGCUACCCCCGCCACAGCACCCCCUACCUGCCACCUCCGCCACGGCACCCCCUUCCUGACACCCCCGCCACGGCACCCCCUUCCUGCCACCCCCGCCAUGGCACCCCCUUCCUGCCACCUCCGCCACGGCACCCCCUUCCUGACACCCCCGCCACGGCACCCCCUUCCUGCCACCUCUGCCACGGCACCCCCUUCCUGCCACCUCCGCCACGGCACCCCCGUCCUGCCACCUCCACACGGCACCCCUUCCUGCCACCUCCACCACGGCACCCUUCCUGCCACCUCCGCCACGGUACCCCCUUCCUGCCACCUCCGCCAUGGCACCCCCUUCCUGCCACACCCACCACGGCACCCCCUUCCUGCCACCCCCGCCACGGCACCCCCUUCCUGCCACCUCUGCCACGGCACCCCCUUCCUGCCACCCCAUGCCACGGAACCCCUUCCUGCCACCUCCGCCACGGAACCCCCUUCCUGCCACCCCCACCACAGCACCCCUUCCUGCCACCCCCGCUAUGGCACCCCCUUCCUGCCACCUCCACCAUGGCACCCCUUCCUGCCACCCCCGCCACGGCACCCCCUUCCUGCCACCCCCACCACGGCACCCCCUUCCUGCCACCCCUUCACGGCACCCCUUCCUGCAACACCUGCCACCCCCGCCACAGCACCCCUUCCUGCCACCCCACCACAGCACCCCUUCCUGCCACCCCUGCCACUGCACCCUUUUUGCCACCCCUGCCACGGCACCCCUUUCCUGCAACCCCCGCCACGGCACCCCCUUCUUGCCACCCCCGCCAUGGCACCCCCUUCCUGA